AUGCCUGUGAUGGCCAAAAAUGAUUACAUUGAGAGUUUGACUGCCGUGUACUCGGUGUCCGUGUCUGAAGACGUCGCCAUAAAUAAGCAAAUCCUCCGGGUCAAAGCUACAGACGCUGACGCGGGUGCAAACGCGCAGAUCCAGUUCUCCCUGUUCGGUUCUGGAGCAGAAGACUUCAUCAUACACCCACACACAGGCGAGCUGAAGACAGCCGCGGCGCUGGACCGUGAAAAGGUCGCACAGUACUCUCUGGUUGCCCGUGCGACGGACGGCGGCGGUUUGUGGUGUGAGGCUGAGGUUGUGGUGGUUCUCUUGGACGUGAAUGACAGUCCGCCGAUGUUUAGCAUGCCCCAUUACACUGCUAGCGUCUACGAGAACACCGCCACUAAAGCUCUGCUGACCCGAAUACAAGCCAUAGACCCUGAUCUGGGUGUUAAUCGUAAAGUGGUCUAUUCCCUUGUUGAUUCGGCUGAUGGGUUCUUCUCCAUUGAUAAAUCAUCCGGGAUUGUUGUUUUGGAGCAUCUGCUGGACCGCGAGGUUCAGUCCUCAUACCAUAUAAUGGUCCGUGCGUCAGAUCAAGGUGUCCCCGUUCACCUCUCUUCCCUUGCGAACAUAACGAUCACAGUUUUGGACAUUAAUGACAAUCCGCCCGUAUUUGAGAGGAGGGACUAUCUGGCCACGCUUCCUGAAGAUGUGGCAGUGGGUACGGAAGUGGUACAGGUUUACGCUGCAAGUAAAGACAUUGGCACCAACGCUGAUAUUUACUACAACAUCCGAUCCGGAAACCAACAGGGCCAUUUCACCAUUAACAUCAACACAG